AUGCCCUCAGACCUAGCAGACUACCUAGCCUCUAGAUAUCUAGUCGCCGACCCGAAACCAGCAAAGAAGCGAAAGCGCAAGCGCGGCGACAACGCCAGCGGUGGCCUUCUUAUACAAGACGACGACGACUCGGGCUGGGGCAACUCCAGCGCCCAACAAGAUGACGAGGGUGCAGAUGCCCCCAUGACGGUAUCGGGGAGAUCUGCCGAGUUUCGAAAAACCAAGAAAAGCAAUUGGAAGUCGGUUGGAGAAGGGGAAGGAACUCCGAAAGAUGAUUCUGCAGCCGCUGCGGACGCCAUCCUCGCAUCAGCGGCUGCAGAGCAAGAUGCGGCCAGAGAUGAAGACGACGAAAUGCCAAUCGUGGAGGGCGGUGGGAGUGCGGUCAAGAUGAGCGACGGAACCCACGCAGGUCUACAGAGCGCGGCAGCCGUCUCGGCGCAACUCAAGCGACGCCAAAGAGAGGAACGCGAAGACUUUGAACGACACCGCAAAUCAGCAAAGGAAGAGGAAACAGUUUAUCGCGAUGCCACCGGCCGACGAAUCGACAUCUCCAUGAAACGCGCCGAAGCGCGACGCUUGGCCGCCGAGGCGGAGGAGAAGGAACGGCUCGCCAAGGAGGCGCUCAAGGGCGAGGUUCAGCUCGAGGAGGCGCGAAAGCGGCGCGAAAAGCUACAAGAUGCUAAGCUCAUGUCCUUUGCUCGCACGGCCGACGAUGAAGAGAUGAACCAGGAGCUGAAAGAGCAGGAGCGCUGGAACGAUCCCAUGAUGCAGUUCAUGGCAGAAAAGAAGGACGCGCCAGGCAAGGGCAAAAAGUCGAAACGGAAGCCUGUGUACGCUGGUGCUGCGCCCCCGAACCGCUAUGGCAUCAAGCCGGGCUAUCGGUGGGAUGGAGUUGAUCGUAGCAACGGAUUUGAGGGGGAGAGAUUCAAGGCCAUUAACCGGAGAGAACGAAAUAAGGGGCUGGAUUACGCAUGGCAAAUGGACGAGUAG